AUGAGGAAACGAAAUAGGACUCACUACAAAGCAAAACAUACAGACAAUCCUCUACACUGGCAGUCAUAUAGAGAACUUAGAAACAGAGUAAUUGAUGAAAUUCGAAAAUCUCGUGAAAAGUAUAACAAAAAAAUGUCUUCAAUGAUUGAUAAAUCAAUCCCUCCUGGAAAAUGGUGGAGAAUUGUUAAGUCGAUAUCAAAACUGAAUAAAAAUUAUGAACCAUUACCACCUCUAAAAUCAAAAGGUAAACUUAUCUUCCAUCCAGUUGAGAAGGCUACAGUCCUUAAUAAAUAUUUUGCACAAGUUUCUUCUAUUAAUGAUGAACCAGACAUUCCUCUUCAUGGCCCUGGUCCACCACCACAGAAUAAUGACAUUCUAUCUGAAAUACUUAUCACUGAAAAUGAAGUCUAUGAUCAAUUAAGUAUCACUGAUAACACUAAACCACCUGGUCCUGAUGGUAUUUCCCCAAGAGUGUUGAAAGAAAUAGCCACUACAAUUAAAAACCCUCUGACUAAAUUCUUUAACUUGUCAUUAAGGGGGAAAAAAUUGCCAGAUAUUUGGAAACUAUCUCAGAUCACACCCGUCUUCAAAAAUAAAGGCAGUGCUCAAGAAGUACCGAAUUAUAGACCAAUAUCCCUUACAAGUGUCUUGUGUUGGAUUGAAAAUUAUUUGUGUGAUAGACAACAAAAAGUUGUAAUUGAUGGUUUUUCAUCAAACCAUGAAACAGUAAAUGCUGGUGUUCCUCAAGGUUCCGUUCUGGGACCAUUUCUCUUCCUUUUGUACAUAAAUGAUAUUUGUGAUGAUUUAGUUAAUAAUAUACGACUUUUUGCUGAUGAUACUUCCUUAUAUGCCAUUGUGGACAAUGGAGCCACAAAUGUAACACAAUCCCUUACUAGUGAUCUUGAACUUAUUGAUAAAUGGUAA